CGGCGGCGGCGGCGCGUUGAUAAGGGGCCGGCCGGCAGCGGGACUCGCCGCAGAGGCGCGGAGCGGCGGCGGGAGAGCACGGGCAUGGGGGUGAACUGCCCCGAGCUGCCCACACCCGCCUCCUUUGCUUCGCUUUAAAUUUAGUUUUGAAAAUUUUUUUAAAGUUUUUGUUGUCGGUUUGUUUUUUGGUUUUUUUUUUGGUUGGUUUUGGUUUUUUUUUUCCGCCCGCCGCCACCGUGGCCGCCCGGCGAUGAACGGCGGGGCUCUGCCGCCGCUGCCCCCCGCCGCACCCCGCGGCCGCCGGCGGCCCGCCUCUCCCGAGCUGCUGCGCUGCAAGCGCCGACUGGCCUUCGCCGCCCUGCCGGGCACCGGGGCGGCGGCGGCGGCCGCCGUGGCCCGUCGGAACGAGCGGGAGCGCAACCGCGUGCGGCUCGUCAACCUGGGCUUCGCCGCCCUCCGCCAGCACGUCCCCCACGGCGCCGCCAGCAAGAAGAUGAGCAAGGUGGAGACCCUCCGCUCCGCCGUCGAGUACAUCCGCGCCCUGCAGCGGCUACUCGACGAGCACGACGCCGCCGCCUCUUUCCCCGACGGCCGCGGGCGGGUGGCCGUCGGGGAGGUUGGCGGCGGCGGCGGCUACUCCUCCGCUUCGCCCUCCUUCGCCUCCUCCGCGCCCGGCUCGCCGUGCUCCUCCGAGGAGAGCGGCUACGACGUGGCGCUCAGCCCCGAGGAGCGGGAGCUGCUGGACUUCACCAGCUGGCUGGGGAGCUACUGACACGGCGGGAGCCGCGCUCAGCCCGCAGCACAUCGGCACCCGCGGUCUCGGCGGCGGCAGCAGCAUCCCCCGAAAGUACUGACCUCCACCCCGGCCUGGCCCCGCUGGCUGCUUUUCUCGCCGGGUUCAGCCGUCGUCUUCUGGUUGUGAAAAGUGCAAUGGGGUAGUUGACUGCGGGGUCCUGCUCUUUGCGCGGAGGGGACAGCGGCUCCGCCUGCCCGCCGGGAGCUGCCGACCCACGGAGAGGAUGCCCUAGCGAAGCUGCUUUCCCCCGCCGCUGCUGUCUGGUGUUGCUUUGGAGGGGUGGAAAGGGAAAAAAAAAAGACAUUAGAAACACUUGAUGCUUCCUUGUUUCUGGAGGGGGAGGGAAUUUUUAUCAUGUCAGAUUCUAUUUUAUUUGUAACUUGAACUGCCUAUAGGGACACUGGUGUAUGAAGACUUAUUUUUGUACAACAAACCUUAGAGAAAAGGGAUGAGAUGGUUCUAUUUUUAGCAGGUCCUAUCCACUUGUUCUUGAACACUACCAGCUGGAAUGUUUUGGGAACAUACACGUUAUAGAUGCAAAGGUGUUUUUUGUUUUUUUUUUUUUUUAAUUCUUUUCUUCAAACACUUUGGUAAAAGACUGUAAACUUAUGUUGUGCUUUAACGUGGUGUCUGAGUUUGCCUGGUGUGAAGGUCCACCUCUCUGAAAACUGAAGUUUUUUUAAAAAAAUGUAUUGAAGGCAUUUUUGUAUGCACUUGCUAGGAUUUCUUAUGUUGUACAUAUGCAGUUUUUAAGAGAGUAUCAUAUUUUAUGUAAAUUGACUUUAUAAAUAAAAAUCUAUUUAUAAAUGGC